AGCGACAGCGCUUCUCUGGCUCGGAGCGUUGGAGGCUGCGAGCUGCGGCCGCCGCUCUCGGCUCGGCUCUCGGCUCGGCUCUCGGCUCUUCUCGCCCUCUCCCCGUCCUCUCCCCGACCUCUCCCUCUCCCCGCCCGGGGCUCGGCAGAGCCUGCCAGGCGCUUCCUGCGGCUACUGACCCCGGGGCGGGCUGUGCCCUCCCCUCGUCCCCGCCGCAGCAUGCACAGGCUCAUCGGGCUCCUCAGGAGCGUGCGGGAGCGCUCGACGUCCGGCAGCGCUUCCGCGCCCGGCGCCGCCGGGGCCUCCGAGCUCCGGGAGAAGGGCCAGGGCGCGCUGCACAGCGCGGCCGCCAGCGGUGACCUGGCCGAACUGCAGCGGCGCUGGUGGUGGUGGCAGAGACUCCGCAUCAACAGGCGGGACGCGAAGAAGCAGACGCCUCUGCAUCUUGCUUGCGCGAAUGGCCAUGCAGACGUUGUGCGAUUUCUAGCAGGAAAGAAGUGCCAGCUAAACCCUCGUGACAGCUUGAAGAAAUCGCCGCUGAUGAAGGCAGUAGACCACCAGCACAAAGACUGUGUGACUAUUCUGCUGGAGCACGGUGCCAAACCCAACCUCAAAGGUGCUGGCGGCAACACUGCCCUUCACAUGGCUGCUGCCAUUCCUAGCAAACCUCUAGUGGAGCUGUUACUUGAGCACAAUGCCCAUAUCGAUGCUCAGAAUGAGUUGGGGUACACUCCGCUUACUCUUGCGAUCACCGAGCGCUGUGAAGAGAUGGUUGAGUUCCUUCUCCAAAAAGGAGCUGACGUGCAUGCUCGAGAUAAGCAUGAAAGGACCCCUCUUAUGAUUGCUGUUCUUGCUGGGAAUAUGAAUACAAUAAAAAGCCUUCUUCGACAUGGUGCUGAUCUUUCUCAUCAAGACUGUAUUGGCAAGCAAGCUACGCACUAUGCCAGAGAGUUAACGCUUUACACCAAUAUUGCUGAGCAACUGGAGGAAUACAUCAGGUGUGAAAUGACAGGAGAAUGUUCUGCGGGAGGCACAGAAGGCCCAGCAGUACUGGACAGCUUUUGCGCUGGGACAGCUGCUCAUUGUCCCUUGGGGGGACCUGCAAUGACCAGAGCAGGUGUCUUGCCAGCAGCAGCAGAACAGCAAGAGGAAGAAGUUCACACUCCUUCUGAUUCUAAGACGGAUUCCGAAGCUCCAAACAAAGCGUCGGCCGGCGCGGUGCUUCCAACUGCGGACAGACACGGAGCGUGCACACAGUCCGUUGCAGGGGAGCGCGGCAAUGACGGAUUCCGAAGCUCCAAACAAAGCGUCGGCCGGCGCGGUGCUUCCAACUGCGGACAGACACGGAGCGUGCGCACAGUCCGUUGCAGGGGAGCGCGGCAAUGCGUCGUGCUUCUUACCUCCUUUGUAGGUGUCUGCCCAGCAGUAGGAGCAGAAGACGAGGAGGAUGAUGACUCCUGGUUUGAUUCUGAGAUUUCUUCACUGGAGAGUGAAAAGCUUCAGCUAAAGCAGGAUGCUUCAGCUCAAGUGGAUUGUCAAAGCGAUAGACAGAGAUGGGUCAGGCAGCUGCAGGAGGAGCUCGCCAACGCUCUCAGAAAGAACUCCCUGGCAGAAGCGUCACUGGCAGCUAAGAAGCGCUACAGCAGGGACCUGCAGGAACAGCGGCUGCAGUUGCAGAAGGAACUGGACAGGUCUACAGCUAAGCUGCAGGAACUGAGAGAACGGCAUAUCCGGACUGAGUGUUAUGUCUGGUUCCUGAAGAAGGCCAUAAAGAAUAAGAAGAGGGAACUAACCACCUCCAGGAACCUGCAGGGCCUUCUGGCCGCCUCUUCCGCAACUGCGGCUAUCCCAGAGCUGGAAGAACGCAUGCAAAGGCUCCAAGUUGGAAAGGCCAGGCUGGAAGCCACAGCCCAGCAACAAGCCAAGACCAUCGAAGCCCUUCAGAAAGAUCUGCAAGCCUCUGCCACAGUAAGGCAGUCAGAGCCUUCCCUUUUCAUGAGCUACAGAGCCCAGUUCCACUCUUAAGAUGAGGUUUUCCCGGACAGCCCAGGAGAGAUCAGUUCCUCUGUUCUACUGACUAUAGGCUGCUCUGAAAGUCCUGCUGGCCCAUUCCCCAGCUUUCUGGCUUUGGGAGUUGUCCCAUGAGACUGUAGCAAGUCCUACUUAACGCCGUCUUUGUCAAGGAGUUGACGCUAAUGCACUGGCUUCAGUAUUUGCUGCUUUCGACCAGCUGCGAGGUUGAGACCGCAGGCAGCACUUGAGACAGUCGUGCAGUAGAGGGAUUUGGUAGCUUUGCUUGCGGACUUUCCUUGGGCUCUUUUGGUGGUGCAGAGCGCUUCAUCCUGGAGGCCUGACUGGCAUCGUCAGACUGUGACAGGAAUUCUUCACUUGCCUGGACUCUGGUCACCUUCCUGUUUUAGUGACUCUGGAUUCGUUGGCCAGAGGGUGUGGGUCCAUAAUGCAACGAGAAGACCUCCAGAGAAGAAAAUCCGCAACUAAUAAGGGAAUGACACCUCCAUAGGCAGUAUUUUGUGUGCUGUGCUUGGGUGGCGUUGCAGGGCAGGCAACUGUGGCGUUGCACUGAUGCUGGCAAGAGAAGAAGAAAGGCCCCGAGGUGUGACCUUCAGUCGGGAAAGUCCUAGCAUGAGUUCUUUUCUCUUCUUUUAACGCUGCUGUAGGCUCGUAAUGGCCCGGAGAACUUGAUACCUGGCUUUCAGACAAAACGGACUGCAAAGGAACACCAACGUCAGCAGUGUGGGAGUGAAAGCAAGGAAGUGAAGCAGCUGGUCGAGAUGAAACGCCGAUCAGAAGCGCUUCUGGAGGAAAUGUGGCGGAGAAACAGUGCGCUGAAGGAAGAACGUACCAGGCAUGGCUUUUUAGUGCUUUAAAGAAGUAUCAUGUUGAGUGGAAGUCAAGCUUUACUGAAAUCUCAUGUAAAGGCACGUACAUAACCGUCUGUGAGCAAAUUCAAGCCUCGCGUUCAAUCUUGCAAAGUGCUUCUGUGCCUGAGCCUAUGGUUUGAAAAAGCUGCAAAAGGCCUUGCAAAAUCAGGCGGCCUGCAGUUCUCCUGGGAGGGAAGGAAGUCUUUUCUUCCUCUGUUCAGGUAAACUUUGGGCCUUCCAAGUGAUGACUGGCACUGCAGUGCUGGCUGUCCUCAGCAAUUCCUGGCCUGCAAUUCAAGCACACUACAGAUGAAGCAAGCCAUGGCUGUGCUGCUUACGUAAGAGUACGUGAAAAAGGCCAACUGUUGCUUUGCUUCACGCUUUCCUCACUGAUUUGCUGUGCAGGUUGAAGAUGCUUCUGGAGGGAGCUCGGGCAAAGGUAAAGGCAUAUGCAGAGAAGGAGAGAGAGAAAGAGUCCCAGCUCAGUUUCCAGGGAGAGAUGAAUAACAGCUGUUCGGAGGUGGCCAGCCAAGUUGGUAAACUAAGAAGAAAGCCGGUCACCAUACAUCAAGAUUUUCAUACGAAAAAGCAGGUGACAAAUGCAGUCUCGAUGGCCCCCCACCUUACGGAUUCCCACAGAUCUGGAGAUGCAGUCGAAAAACCACAGGCAGUGGAUGAGAAAAAAGCAGGACCUGUGAGAAAAGCUGUCCGCACUGCGUGGGACUGCCAUGUCACAGCUGAACCUCCGAUGUAGUUAGCGCUGAGAUGAUGCUGGAGCAGCGGAAGUGCCAGGAAACAGAGUGCUCACAGGGAGAUGAGUGAAGCCUGGAAACCUUUGCCUUCCACCUCUUGCAGCGACUACCCUGCAUCUAAUUCCAAGUGUUCUGUUGCAGCUUGGUAUUUAAUAAACUCUGUCAUCUA